AAUGACAUCAUGUCUCCUCCACAUGUUUUCGUUUUUGAAUGUUAGGAAAAUAUUGCAAUACAAGCCAGAAUUAUUUGCAUAAUUUUUUACGAGAAUUAUAGUAUUUAUGUUCCCUAUCUCAAAAGUUACAUUUUAAAUUUCGUAUGAAUUUUAAAGGAUGAUUGUGUUAAAAUGUUUGCAAUAUUGAAUCUUGGAAUAUAUUUAAUUAAAAGGAAAAAUAUUCUUGGUUUCAAAUAUAUUCGUUUUAAAUCAUCGCAAACAAAUUUAAAAAACAAUGCUGUACCGAAAGAAAUUAUUGCACUUCGAACGAAGAAACUCUCUGAAAUACUUGACUGUUCAAAACACACUGCUAGAGAAUUAGUUUCUAGAAAUCACAAUAUUUUAUCUCUUGAUUUCGAACAAUUUAUUAUAAAUGCUACUUUUUGCAGUAAAUAUUUAAGAUUAAGUGAUGUCAUCGAAUUUCCUUGUUUAAUGAACUUAGAAUCAAGUCUACUGCAACAUCGAUAUUUUUCUCUCAAAGAAUUGGGAUGCUCGAAUCUCUCAGCUUAUAAUAUUUUGACGUUCCCACAAAUUAUCAAGCAAACUCCAAAAGUACUAGCAGAAAACAACAUUCAUUUUGAUUUCCAUCAUGAGUUGGAUCAUUUCAUGAGUUUUUUAUCAAGCUGUGAUCUAACAGAUCAAAAUGAAAUUAAACUUAGAUUAGAGAAAAUGUUUCAGGAUGACAGCAGUAUGUGGAAGAUCAGAGAAGCUAUGAAUGCUGAGUUUAUCUCUUCCAAAUUGAAUUGUUCUUUAGCUAAAGCCCAUCAGUUGUUUCGUAGAUAUCCUCCAUUAAGACUACAAAGUGUUUCCAACACUGCUCAUUUGUUAGAUCUAUUAUUUCAAAGGUUAAAAUUUACAAUACCAAAAGUUUUUCAAGCUCCUAAACUACUUUCUGUCCAUUAUGAAACAGCAGAAUAUUUUUUAGAUAAGCUUCCCGAAAUUCUAGGUAUUGACAUUAUUGAACUGACUCAGAAGUAUCCCUUGAUUUUGAGAAGAUCCAUAAAUACCAUUCGAGAAGUGGAAGAAAUAUUAAGAAAAUUCAACAUCACCGAUAAACAAGUUUUGAACUGUCCAAAAAUCAUCAGUUUUACUCCAAGAACUCUGGAAGAAAGAUUGGAAUACUUGUGUACAUCAGAAGAUUUUGCACUAUUGAAAUCUUACAAGAAAUUUUUAUGGCUGGUUUAUCAUUAUGGCAAUUUGAACACUCGGCUAGAGGCUCUAAAAGCAUUAGAUUUACCUCGAUCUAUUAAUGCUUUUAUUGCUACAAAUUCAAACUUUCAGAAUUAUCUUUCUUUCAGCAAAAGUCGCUCAAAUGUAGAUGAUGUAUGCCAGUACCUUGCUGAAUUUUUCAAGUGCAGUACUAAUGAUGUUUCACACAAACUACGUGAAUUUCCCAAUGCACAUAAUGCUUGUUUAGCUAAUACUACACAAAUUGUGCAUUUCUUACUUGGAGCUGGUGUAACUAAGCAACAGAUUUACAAGGGAUUAGGAAUAAUACUAUAUAACUUUGACAUUGUUAAAGAUAAUUUUAAAGAAUUAAGAAAUUCACCAGCAUUAAUAAACCAGCCAUUUACGUACUGGAUUUCUCAUUACAAUUUGAUUCAGCUGUUGAUUUAUACUAUUGAGAGAAAAAAUAAUUUCAAAGAGAGUCGGUCAUAUAAAGUAAAUAGUAAAUAUCUGGAUUCAAAUGAAUUAGCUAUAUCUAGCUAUGGGUAAUGGCAUUCUUUGAGAAAUGCAUUGAAAAUUGCAUUGUGAAUACAUUUAAUGUAUAAAGCAAUCGUUGUGUGAUUCAUAAGAUACCUUAUAAUAUUUGUAAAUAAUUAAAUUUAUUGUACAAUAUUUUGGCAUUUGAUUAAACAUGUAAAAGUGA